AUGUGGUUCUUCGCCCGGGACCCGAUCCGCGACUUCCCCUUCGAAGCGGCCUCCCCGCCGGAGCCGCCGCUGCCGCAGCCGGGGGGCGCCUGGCAGCUGCACCGCGGGCGGAGGAAGACUACGGGAGAACCGGUCUCCCUUUUCGUACACGAGGUGAAGCCGAGUUCCGAAGAGCAGACCCAGCUUGCCAAAACAGCCUUUAAAUUCCUCAAGACGCUCCGGCACCCCAAUAUCUUAUCCUACAUUGAUGGCUUAGAGACAGAGAAAAAUUUACACGUGGUCACUGAGCCCGUGACACCGCUGCCGGCCUACUUGGAGUUGCGGGGGGACGGGAAGGCCUUGAGCGAGCCGGAGAUUUCCUGGGGUCUUCAUCAGAUUGCAAAAGCCCUCAGUUUCCUGGUCAACGACUGUCACCUCAUCCAUAACAACGUCUGCAUGGGGGUGGUUUACGUGGACCGUGCUGGCGAGUGGAAACUUGGUGGGUUGGAUUACAUGUGCUCGACCCAGGGGGACGUCACCGUGCCACGGAAGGGGGUCCCCGAGCUGGAGAAAUACAACCCUCCCGAAUUAUCCGAUAGCACCAAAAACAUUGGAGAGAAAUGGUCAGCAGACAUGUGGCGAUUUGGCUGCCUCAUCUGGGAGGUCUUCAACGGUCCCUUGCCCCGAUCGUCCUCCCUGCGGUCUCUCAACAAAAUCCCUAAGUCCUUGGUGCCCCAUUACUGUGAGUUGGUUGGUGCGAAUCCCAAAGUUCGACCCAGCCCAGCCAAAUUCCUGCAAAAUUGCUCUCGGACGGGCAGUUUCAUGGACAACAAGUUUGUGGAGACCAACCUUUUUCUGGAGGAGAUCCAGAUUAAGGAGCCGGCCGAGCGGCAGAAGUUUUUCCAGGAGCUCAGCGACAACCUGGAUAAUUUCCCCGAGGAUUUCUGUUGCCACAAGGUCCUUCCUCAAUUGCUGAUGGCCUUUGAGUUUGGGAAUGCAGGAGCCAUCAUCCUCACGCCGCUCUUUAAGGUGGGGAAAUUUUUGAAUAGCCAGGAAUACCAGCAAAAAAUCAUCCCUGUGAUUGUGAAGAUGUUCUCUUCCCCGGAUCGGGCCAUGAGGAUCCGUUUGCUGCAACAGAUGGAACACUUCAUUCAGUAUCUGAAUGAGCCCACGGUCAACACCCAGAUCUUCCCCCAUGUGGUCCACGGCUUCCUGGACACCAAUCCAGCCAUUCGGGAGCAGACGGUGAAGUCCAUGCUGCUCCUGGCUCCCAAACUCAGUGAGACCAACCUCAACGUGGAACUCAUGAAGCACUUUGCUCGCCUCCAGGCCCGGGACGACCAGGGCCCUAUUCGCUGCAAUACCACCGUGUGCCUGGGCAAGAUUGGGCCGUACCUCAGUGUCAGCACAAGGCAGAACGUGCUGAUCUCGGCCUUCAGUCGGGCCACCAAAGACCCCUUUGCCCCCUCGCGGGCGGCCGGGGUCCUGGGCUUCGCCGCCACCCACAAUUUCUUCUCCAUGAAAGAGUGCGCCUUCAAAAUCCUGCCAGUGCUGUGCAACUUGACGGUGGACCCUGAAAAAACUGUCCGGGACCAGGCCUUCAAAGCCAUCCACAGCUUCAUGACUAAACUGGAGACGGUUUCAGAAGAUCCGACUCAGCUCUCAGAACUUGAAAAAGAUGUCCAGGCUGCCUCCAUCAGUCCCGCGGUGGGCUCAGCAACCAGUUGGGCCGGCUGGGCUGUGACGGGGGUCUCGUCCCUGACGUCAAAGCUGAUCCGGACAAACGCUGGCACAACGCCGGGGGCAGAGCAGGUGGCCAGGGACGCCCCCGUCAAGACACCGUCGGAGCCCCCCAAAUCAGGCACCGGGCCCCCUCCUGCUUCUGAGGGAGCAGCUCCCUCCCCUUCCAGCCAGUGGGACGUGGAGGAGGAGGAGGUGGGGGGGGAGGAGAGCACGGCAGACCAGUGGGAUGAUGAAGACUGGAGCAGCUUGGAGCAAGAAACAGAGCAGCCCAAGAGGCAGCCCAGUCCCGACGACUGGAACAGCCCCGGCUGGUCAGAACCGGCCCAGACAUCCGGCGGUAGGACAAUUACCCCCACAGUCUCCGACAGGCAGGACUCCGACUGGAGCAGCUCUGCCUGGGAUCUGGAGCCUUCCUGGAGCCCCCCAAAGGGGGGGGAUAUCCCCACGGAACCGCUCCCCUCCAGCCUCGGCACCAAAGCCGCUGCAGCCCCUCACCAAGACACCAAACUGGCAAGCGAAUACAACUGGGGGAGCAUCGGCUCUGGGGACAAAUCCGAUCCGUUUUCCUGUCUGGCUGGGAAGCCACCACCGGAGAGGCAGAAAAAUGCUGACGCCCUGCGUGAGUGGACCUUCGAGGGAAACUGGGCCACGCUGGACUCGGAUCAAGGUCCCAGCAAGACAGAGCUGGCCCGGAAGAAGCGGGAAGAGAGGCGCCAGGAAAUAGAGGCCCGGCGAGCCGAGAAAAAAGCGGCCAAGGGACCUAUGAAGUUGGGGGUCCGGAAAUUGGACUGAGACUCGGCC